AUGAUUUGUAACGAGGACGUCGUCAAUUGGUUCAGAAAUCUGAAGAGCUACAGCAGAAUAGACACCAUGUGCAUCAUGCUGAACAUGUGCCUUCCGUUCGAGCUGCGGUUCCUCGGUACGUACCUGGAGGAUCUCGGCCGACGGGAUGCGCCGGAGCUGCGUGGUGCCGAGCUGAAGGUGAACAAUCCGCAGGAGUUCAUCGCCGACAUCGCGUCCGGCGAACCGACCGAUCAUCGAAUUCGUCGCAAGAUGGCCCUGUUUCUGGCGCUGUAUCGUGCCUGUAACCACGCGUACGCCAACGAGCUGUUUAAAACGCUCGAAGGCUGGGGUGCCCGAUCGGAUCUUCAGCGGCUGUUCGAGGAGGACGAUCAGCAGGAGCUGCUGCUCGUUUACACAAUGGCCACCAACCAUCCGGUGUUUUCGUUCGAGCAACGUUUGCACUGUGGAGAGAUUUUUACGAAGCUAAAAUCCUGGGAACCGAAAAUUAACCAUCGGGGAUCGGGAGAUCGGGAGGAUGCGGUACUGGAGCAACAGCAGCAACCGCAGCAGCAUCAUUCACAGCAUCAUCAUCAGCAGCCACCCUCGCAGCAUCAUUCGAUGGAUUCGUUGCACAGCAACAGCCCACAACAAUCGCCAAUACAGCAGCAACAGCAACAUCAUCAACAACAUCAACCGCAACAUUUACAAAACUCGACGCCACCGCCCGCUGUUCCACCGCCCGGGACGGCAACCCUUCACGCACUGCCACCGAAUGCGGCACUUUCGAUGCAGAAUUUACCACAAGGUCCAGCAUCGCUCGGACAACCCAUUACGCUAAGCUAUACGGGAUUGCCAGGAUUGACACAGACGCUUCCCAAUGACGCCACGCUAACUCCUACGCAUUAUCUCGACACAUUGCAUGCGUUGCCAGUGCAGACAGAUUUUACAAUUCCACCACCUGUGUCAUCUCGUUGGGUACAAUCCGUAUAUCAGCAGCUAUCCUAUCCUCCUCCGUCAUCGUCGCCACACAUGAGCAAUCCCUCAUCACCGAUUCAGAGCCGUACGACAAGUCCAACCCGCAUCCAUCCUAGCAGUGUGCAGCAUCGAAUUAGCCGGAACCAGCAGAAUGAUCAGCAGCAACAGCAGCAGAACCAAUCGCAAAUGCAAAGCCUAAAGCCUGUUGAUGAGGACCAGACAAUGGUGAUGCUGAGUCAGAUGCAGCUCCGAAACGGUAUGCGCCAAACGCAUAAUACGUUGCCACGACAAUCGAAGCAGAACUACGUCAGUCAGCUUCCGCCAUAUCAUCAUCAACAGCAGCAACAUCAUUCGCAACGAGAUAGUGGGGUUUAUCAUACGGCAAACUACAAUAUGAAAGCCGUUGGCGGCGUAAUGAUGGACAUCAUGAAUCAUCAACCGAACUCAACGGGCAGUGAUUCGGGUAGUUCUAUCGGAUCGACGGGUGAAGUGUCGCCGCCAGAAACGCCAGGUGUGGCACCGGCCAACAUCCCCACGAUUCCACAUGCACGCUCGAAUCGUUCAAACAACAUGCGCAACAUAAACGGACGGCCGGAAAAACAAUAUCCAUCGAUCACAUAUUCACAGCUACACCAACAACAUCAACAAAAUGUCGCACAUCAACAACAACAGCAACAGUUCGCCGGCUCCGAUCUAAUGGUCCCCGGUACGGGGCAAACAUUUCUCGCAACUGGCACAACCAACGGUGCUACGAUGAGCGGCACCGGUAACAAUGGUGCCACCAGCAGUGGGGUCGUUUCAGCGGGACAGGUGUUGAUCAACCAGCAACCUGGACAGUUUGUGUACGCUGGUGCGCCUGCCUCCUUUCCGCAGGUAAGCGUAUCGCACCGGUCCGUCGCUAAUGCGGCCUUGUCUCACGGCACCGCAUUCCGGACGGCGCCGGCCUACGCACAGACAAUUCAACCGCAGGCACCGCAACCACAAACAGCCGAACCGAUACUGUAUCAGUAUCACCCGACAGCGGUUGUUGCCACCGGUGUGCCAGGCCAGACGGUGGUAGCGAACAGUGCGAUACCGUAUCUCCCUCCGCAACCUCCCUCCUCGACGGUGGCCAGCACCCAAACGAACCUGCCCGGCGCGGUACGAUCAUCACCCUCGCCCCAGAUUGGUUUGCUGCAGCAGACAAAAGUGUCAGCAGGUGGUAGCAGUUCUUACGGAGCAACAACAUCGCUUCCGUACACCAGCACGGCACCAUCGUGCUACAACUGUGGUUCGCUGAAGCAUACAGGUCUAGAUUGCCCGGAAGCGUCCAUGGAAGACAUGACACGAACGUCAAAUUUUACGCUUGAUUACAACACUAUCAGCAACAGCGCAACGUCACCGGGAACGGUAACGACACCGACGACCACCACGAUACCGUCGCUCGGUGCUGGAACGGGGAACAGCAAUAACAACACGCCGCAGGGCACUGCUUCGGUGGUUCUGUCCACAAAUGUGGCAUCCGGCGAAGGUAACAGUAGUACGAGCAGUAGCAGCAGCAGCAACAGUAGCAAUACUAAUAGCGGUAAUGGUAACAAGAGCAACAAUACUACCAGCCUCAGCAGCACCACCAGCAGCAAUAUGAUCAGUGCCAGCAGUAAUAGCAAUAACAACAACAACAACCUGCAUCAUCACCAUCAUCAUCAUCACCACCACGGCACUAGUGGUAGCGUGAGUAGCAGUAGUAGUAACAGCAAUAACAGCUCCAUGGACGUACCGUUAACAGGCAACCUGUUGCCGGUGGACGCUGUGAGCGGUAGCAGUACCAGCAUCAGCACUAGCAGUAACAGUUCCGGCAACAGUGGUGCAACUGGCAGCACUGGCAGUGGCAACAGUAGCACCGCCGGUAGUGGUGGUGGUAGUAAUAAUAGUAGCAAUCUCGUUAGUGCUAGCGGUAAGUGAUAAUCAUUAGCGAAAGGUAAAGUAAUGCGGUCGAAUCGAUCCGUUCUGGCGCUAGCAGCGUUAGCUGCAUCCGUUGCAGCUGCAGCGGCACUUCUUCGUUCGUUUUCCUUGUCGUGCACUUC